ACGUGACAUGCCUUGGGUGAGCAUCAUGGGUCCGAACUCCGGGAUUCCUUAGUGCAUCACAUCGCUGAUUCUUAGGAGGGAUCCCCCAAAGAAGACUGACCCCCCCUUUGGCAAUGGCUGGAUCUACGCAACCGGCAGCCCAGACCUGGCGGGGGGCAGAGACCCACUACCCUUCUCACGCUAUGUCCUACCCCGUGGCGUUAAAUCAGCCUCACGUGGAUGUGAGUCUCUUGGAAUAUCAGCACCAUCCCCGGGAAUACCCUUCCCACCUGCCCCCGGGGUCUCUCUUAAACCCCCAACGCCGGAGGCCGUCCUUAUUAUCCGAAUUUCAGCCAGGAAAUGAAAGAUCACAAGAGACCCACGCCCGGGCCGAGUCCCAUCCGUAUCUCUCUGAUCUGAGCAAAUCCUCGGAAAUCGAGUUUAUUGAGACCAAGAGGCCUCGGAUGGAGCUGUUACAGGAGCCGCUGCUGAGGCCUCCGACGCUGCUCAGCCAGGCAGGAACAGAGGGCUUCUCCAGGGAUCGAGGCAUCCCCGGUAAACUGGAGCCCGUUUCUCCCAUUACCUCUGCCCAUCCUGACUCGGAACUGGAUUUACUCCCGUCCCGGCUCUCCAAGGAGGAGCUGAUCCAGAACAUGGACCGUGUGGACCGGGAGAUCACCAUGGUGGAACAGCAGAUUUCCAAGUUGAGAAAAAAGCAGCAACAGCUGGAGGAAGAAGCGGCCAAACCUCUGGAGCCUGAGAAAUCCAUCUCUCCUCCACCGCUGGAGUCGAAGCACCGCAGCCUGGUCCAGAUCAUCUACGAUGAGAAUCGGCCCCUGUACAACCAACCUUCGGACACCAGGCAAUACCAUGAAAACAUUAAAAUAAACCAGGCAAUGCGGAAGAAGCUGAUUUUAUACUUCAAGAGGAGAAACCAUGCUCGUAAACAGUGGGAGCAGAAGUUCUGCCAGCGGUAUGACCAGCUGAUGGAAGCCUGGGAGAAGAAGGUGGAACGCAUUGAAAAUAACCCCCGGCGCCGAGCCAAAGAGAGCAGAGUCCGUGAAUAUUAUGAGAAGCAAUUCCCCGAGAUUAGGAAGCAGAGAGAACUUCAGGAACGAAUGCAAAGCAGGGGAGGACAGAGAGGCAGCGGGUUCUCCAUGUCGGCAGCCCGCAGCGAACACGAGGUAUCGGAGAUUAUUGACGGGCUCUCGGAACAAGAGAAUCUGGAGAAACAGAUGCGCCAGCUGGCCGUCAUUCCCCCGAUGCUUUACGACGCUGAACAGCAACGCAUCAAGUUCAUCAACAUGAACGGCCUGAUGGACGACCCCAUGAAGGUCUACAAGGACCGGCAGGUGAUGAAUAUGUGGAGUGAGCAGGAGAAAGAGACCUUCCGAGAGAAGUUCAUGCAACAUCCAAAGAAUUUCGGCCUGAUCGCCUCCUUCCUGGACAGGAAAACAGUGGCGGAUUGUGUCCUAUACUACUAUUUGACCAAGAAGAACGAGAACUACAAGAACCUGGUGAGAAGGAAUUACCGCAGGCGAGGAAAGAACCAGCAACAACAACAGAUGCCCCGGAAUAACCAAGAAGAAAAAGAGGAAAAAGAGAAAGAUGCAGAGAAGGAAGAAGAGAAGCUAGAAUCUGAAAACGACAAAGAAGAACUGACGAAGGAGAAGAACGAGGACACGUCAGGCGAGGACAAUGAUGAGAAGGAAGCCGUCGCCUCCAAAGGGCGCAAGACGGCCAAUAGCCAGGGCUGGCGGAAAGGGCGCAUCACUCGCUCCAUGGCCAACGAGGCCAACCACGAGGAGGUGGCGGUGCCCCAGCAGAAUUCUGAGCUAGCUUCUCUGGAGAUGAACGAAAGUUCUCGCUGGACGGAGGAGGAGAUGGAAACAGCGAAAAAAGGUCUCCUUGAACAUGGACGCAACUGGUCAGCCAUUGCCCGCAUGGUGGGGUCCAAGAGCGUCUCGCAGUGCAAAAACUUCUAUUUCAACUACAAGAAAAGGCAGAACUUGGAUGAGAUUCUGCAGCAGCACAAACUGAAAAUGGAGAAAGAAAGGAACGCUCGGAGAAAGAAGAAAAAGGGUCCUGUGGUCCAAAAUGAGGAAAGGGCUUUUCCCCCGGUGACUGAGGACGAGGAGAUGGGCCAGGAUGGGUCAGGCACCAGCGGCAACGAGGAGGAGAUGGCCGAGGAGGUCGAGGCAGAAGCUGCUGUGAAUAACAGCUCUGACACAGACAGCCUGCCUUCUCCGAGACUGGACGCCAAAAAGCCCCCGGAAAGCGAGUCCAAACCGAAUGCCGAGGCCGAAGAAGAAACGACGGUCAACGUACAGAAACCCGCCAUGUCCCCGGAAGCCAACGCCGUAGACUCCGGUGGUCACAGCCCGGAAGGGACCGACCCUGGUCCAGCUGGGAGCGAAAAGCCGCAGGAGGAACCCAACGUCGAUACAAUCCAAACGGAAAGUGGAGAAGAAAACUCGAAAGACCCAGAAUCGGACGUGGCUGAGAUAAAAAUGGAGGAAGGGGCAGAUGUCCCGGAAGAGAACAAGGCCGAUGAGCAGAAAAGUGAGACCAGUAACGGGGUGGGGGCUGAGACAGAGGACACCCCCAAGCCGGAGAAGAAGGAGUGCCCAAAAGGCAGCAAAAGCGGAAGCGCCGCCUCGGAUAGCGAUUCGAGCGCUACGUGUAGCGCGGAUGAGAUGGAAGAGCAGGACCCCACCGACAAAACCAAGUUGCCGGCUGCCCGCUUAAGUCUCCUUGGUGCCCCCAACGAUGCCCGUCUCACCUCCUCACCUCAGAAGCCGCUGGACCUGAAGCAGCUGAAGCAGAGGGCAGCUGCCAUCCCUCCCAUUUGUGAGCAAAAACCGGUGCUUUUCACCCCCCUUCCAGAUGGACAGAAGCAAGGUGGAGAAUCCGCCACUACAACCUGUUGGCCACCGGUCCUUCCUUACCAAGGCUCCUCACGGGACAUUAUCCGAACCUCUCCACACGCCGAGUCUCACACAUUUCAGUAUAACCCGUCUGCUCAUCCUGUCUGCUUGAACGCUCAUGAAAGUUCUCGAACUGGCCCGCCAAGGUUGUCAGCCAUCUCCAAUCCUCCUCCUCUGAUCUCUAACAAGCAUCCCUCUGUUCUUGAAAGAACACCUGGCUGUAUCUCCCAGGGGAUACCUCUACAGCUCCAUGGUCCAUUCAGUCCAGAGCAUGCAAAAGUCUCCAUCGGUUCCAUCACUGUGCCUUUGACGAUGGAUCCCAAGAAGUUGGUGCCAUUUUCUGCAGUGAAACAAGAGCAGCUUUCUCCUAGAGGCCAAGCUGGUCAACCUGAAAGCUUGGUUGUGCAGACUUCACAGGAAAGCUCAGUUCUUCGAGGUACCUCCUUGCCAGGAGUGAGCAUCAUUAAAGGGAUUCCCAGCACAAGGCCACCCUCUGAGUCUACCAUCACGUAUCGGGGUUCCAUCACACAUGGCACCCCAGCUGAAGUGCUGUACAAAGGAACCAUUACCAAGGUAAUUGGAGAAGACAGCCCCAGCAGAGCGGAGAAAGGAAGAGAGGAGGCUUUGCCCAAGGGACACGUCAUUUACGAGGGGAAGAAAGGACACAUCCUGACUUACGAUGGUGGGGUGGCUAACCAGGCCCCUAAGGAGAGCAGCAGGAGCGCAGGAGCGAUGCAGGAGUUGACCAUCACCAAGAGAACGUACGACAUGAUGGAAGGGAGGGCCUCCAGGCUGAUAUCUGGCCGUGAACUUUCCCCUGCUAACAUAGAAGGUUUAAUGGGCCGAACCAUGCCUUCCGAGAGACACAGUCCGCUCAACUUAAAAGAACCACAUCACAUCCGAGGCUCCAUCACGCAAGGAAUUCCUAGAUCCUACGUGGAAUCUCCAGAGGACUAUCCCCGAAGGGAAGCCAAGCAACUCAAGAGGGAGAACACACCACCGAGGGACUUACCAGAAGCCUACAAGGUCAGGAGCCACGAGUCCCUCACUCCGUUGAAGCUGAAAGCGGUUCACGAAGGGCUGGUCACCACGGUGAAGGAAGCCGGGCGAUCAAUUCAUGAAAUCCCGAAGGAGGAUCUUCGUCGCACGCCCGAUCUCUCUCUGAUGGCCCGGCCCAUUAAGGAAGGGUCGAUUACCCAGGGUACUCCGCUGAAAUACGACACAAACACAUCCACAAAUACCAAAAAGCACGACGUCCGGUCUAUUAUUGGCAGCCCCGGUAGGAAUUUCCAUCCCAUGCUCCCAAUGGAGGCCAUGCAGGACCCAAGGACGCUGGAAAGAGCUUACGAGGACAAUUUGAAAAACAGGCCCAGCCCCGUGACGAACUCUGGCGGCUCCAUCACGAGGGGAGCCCCCAUGAUUAUUCCUGAGCCGGGGAAGCCUCGCCACAGCCCCCUUGCUUACGAGGACCACCAGACAGCCCACGGGGCAGCUUAUGGAGGUCACUUGCACCGAGGGUCCCCUGUCUCCACAAGAGAGGCAGCACCCAGGCAACUUGAAGGGAGCAUCACUGCUGGAAAACCCGUGUCUCAAGAAAGGAAGGUCACAACCACCUCCAGAGAUAUCACCAGCUCCAAGUCUCCUCAUACCCCGCUUCCAGACCACCAUCACCCGAUGUCUCCGUAUGAGCAUCUGCUCCGCGGAACAAGCGGCAUGGAUCUAUACAGAGGCCACAUUCCACUGACCUUUGACCCCGCGGCCAUUCCCCGAGGGAUUCCCUUGGAAGCAGCUGCCUAUUACUUGCCGAGGCACCUUGCUCCUGGUCCUACGUACCCCCAUCUCUACCCGCCCUACCUCAUCCGUGGCUACCCGGACACUGCCGCCAUGGAGAACAGACAGACCAUCAUCAACGACUACAUCACCUCCCAACAGAUGCACCACAACGCUGCCACUGCUACUACCAUGGCGCAGAGAGUCGAUCUCCUCCGUGGCUUGUCUCCACGAGAGCCUUCCAUGGCUCUCAACUAUGCAGCAGCAGGGAUAAUUGACCUGUCUCAAGUACCACACCUCCCUGUGCUUGUGCCCCCCACCCCGGGCGCCUCUGCAGCCUCCAUGGACCGGAUCACCUACAUGCACAGCGCUGCCCAGCCUUUUAGCGGCCGACACAGUAGCUCACCCCUGUCUCCAGGUACCCCUGCACAUUUACCCAAGACGGGACCCCCGGUUUCCGAACGGGAGCAAGAACGGGACCGUGAAAAGGAACGCAAGAAAUCGGUUGUGACCAGCACAGCCACGGUGGAGCACGCGCCCAUCUGGAGGCCAGGCACCGAGCACAGCAGCGGCCGUACAUCCGCACACUCUCACAAACACUCCCCGGUUUCCCCUCGCGCACAGGAGAACAUUCAGCAGCGGCCCAGUGUGUUACACAACACCAACAUGAAGAUCAUCUCCCCAGAAGGCCUCACUUCCUCCGUCUUGCGAUCCUCCUGUUCUUCCUCUUCAUCCACUGCCACCACGUCCCCAGCCUGCUCCUCCGGCUUCUGUCCGGCAUCGGCGUUGCGCAGCUCCCUAAGCGGCGUGGACAGCUACGCCUCGGUGGUGGACUCGGCCCACGUGCAGAAGGAGGUCUCGUCCUCCAGGACCCAGGACAUCAAAAGCGAACGGUCUCAGCCCGAGGCCAACCACCUCUUCGUCUCAAAGUUGUCCGCGGGGCCAGGCCUAGAACAGACACCUUCGCCCGUAAAAGCUACGGAGCCCAAGACUUUGUCCUCUGCUGGGCCAGGGGCGAUCCACCCGUUUAGCAGAGGACAGGGGAAAAUCCAGCCUUCGCAUCAUAACCCCUUGGACCCGUCACUGCACGCCGUUUCGGCCCCCGAGCCGCCGAGUAGAGAAAAGAGUAAACCCUUUUCAGUGCAGGAGCAGGAGCUGCGAGUACUCGGUAAGACCACCAUGACAGCGGCCAGCUUCAUUGAUGUCAUUAUCACGCGCCAAAUUUCUUGCGAUAAGGGGAUGCCCGACAGAAGUUCAUUAAGUAACGGCGCCAAUGGCGAUGUUUUCCGUGGGAACUACAGUCCUGACGGCAUUGAAACCAUAAGCCCCGUGAGCUCUCCCUCUGUCCUCCACGAGAAAGGGAUGAAGCUGACUCAAGAUAAGGAGAAAGGUCAGGGUCUCCGCCAUUCAUUCCGCUCUUCUCACCUAGGUUCCCUCAAACCUUGUGGAGCGGAGAUCUCACACAUGCAACAGCUCCACCAGAUCAGUGAGGGUCGCCAGUCCCCGGGUCAGUCGUUACAGGGACCCCCGAACGCCAAAGGACAUCAGCGGGUCGUCACCCUGGCCCAGCACAUCAACGAAGUCAUCACUCAAGACUACACGCGCCAUCAUCCCCAGCAACUCAAUCCCCAUAUCCAGCCUCCCGUCUACUCCUACUCGGGGGCUGCUGCUCCUGUGCUGGAUCUCCGCCGAGCUCCUCCUGAAUCUUACCUCCAGCACCAACCAAUGGAACAUGUUUCAUCUUCUAGAAUCUCCCCCGAAAGUGAAGCAGACCAAAGAUCGCCUGAGCAAAUUAAAAUCCCAUCUUCGGACAACUGCAUCGAGCCGAUCUCUCCGCCCGAGGGAAACGCAGAAGCCGAGCGUGUCCGAAACAGCGCCUACCCUGUUCUGUAUCGCGAGAGCGAGCAACUGGAGCUGAGAGGCUGCACCCGAUCCCCUGGAAACAGCGUCCAACCGCCAGCGUUCUUCAGCAAACUGACAGAGAGCAAUUCCGCCAUGGUGAAAUCCAAGAAGCAGGAGAUCAUCAAAAAACUGAGCACCAGCAACCGGAACGAGGCAGAAUACAAUGUUGGACAGCCCGGAACAGAGAUUUUUUACAUGCCAGCAAUGACAGGAACAGGGUUAAUCAGUUGUAGGAGCCAGGCGGUCCAGGAAAACCCUAGUUCCAACAUGGGGUUGGAGGCCAUUAUCAGAAAAGCUCUCAUGGGUAAAUAUGACCAUCGAUGGGACGAGCCCGCUUCGCUCAGUACCAAUGCUUUUAACCCUCUGAAUGCCAGCGCAAGCUUGCCCGCUGUUUUGCCCGUAACCUCUGCUGAUGGACAGAUUGACGAUCUUCCUUCUUCCACGCCAG